UUUUUUAAAGUACUGUAGCUGUAUCACGUGCAUUGCACGGGUUGAAAAAAUCCCCAAAAUUGCAGCUAUAAAAUCCAUAGCAGCAAACCUAUAGAACUAAGAAGCAGCAUACGGAAAAAGGCAAAAAGCUUAAACACUGAACAACACUUAAAAAACACAACCAGAAAAUGGGAGUGGAGAAGCAGCUUAUCAGGCCUGGCAACGGUCCAAAACCUGCUGCUGGUCAAACUGUCACAGUUCACUGCACCGGUUUUGGCAAAAAUGGUGACCUCUCUCAGAAGUUUUGGAGCACAAAGGAUCCUGGGCAGAAGCCUUUCACAUUCAAAAUUGGCCAGGGAAAUGUUAUAAAAGGAUGGGAUGAAGGUGUCAUGGGAAUGCAAAUUGGAGAAGUUGCUCGUCUGCGGUGCUCUCCGGAUUAUGCUUAUGGAGCUGGUGGAUUUCCAGCAUGGGGGAUACAACCUAACUCAGUCCUAGAUUUUGAGAUUGAAGUCCUUGGUCUCCAGUGACUUCCUCAUUGGAGUUAUGGGGUACCUCUUGAACAGCAUAUGAAAUAAUAUAAAUAAUUUGUCUUGGACAUUUAUAGAUAUGAGUAUUCUGUACUGAGUAUUUGAUGAACGAAUUUUAUCAACGACUCUGGUGCUUUUUCUGCUUUA